UACAUACUGCGCCUGCGCACGGACUGAGGCCUUUUCCCCCCGCGGAGCGCUGCUGGGCCUGCUGGUCUGUGGCGAGCCGCGGACGCCGGUCUCUGUUCCGCAGGAUGGGGUUUGUUAAAGUUGUCAAGAAUAAGGCUUACUUCAAGAGAUACCAAGUGAAAUUUAGAAGAAGACGAGAGGGUAAAACUGAUUACUAUGCCCGGAAACGCUUGGUAAUUCAGGAUAAAAAUAAGUACAACACACCUAAAUACAGGAUGAUAGUUCGCGUAACCAACAGAGAUAUCAUUUGUCAGAUUGCUUAUGCCCGUAUAGAAGGAGACAUGAUAGUUUGUGCAGCGUAUGCUCAUGAACUCCCAAAGUAUGGUGUGAAGGUUGGCCUGACAAAUUAUGCUGCAGCAUAUUGUACUGGCCUGCUGCUGGCCCGCAGGCUUCUCAAUAGGUUUGGCAUGGAUAAGAUCUAUGAAGGCCAAGUAGAAGUGACUGGAGAUGAAUACAAUGUGGAAAGCAUUGAUGGUCAACCUGGUGCCUUCACCUGCUAUUUAGAUGCAGGUCUUGCCAGAACUACUACUGGAAAUAAAGUUUUUGGGGCCCUCAAGGGAGCUGUGGAUGGAGGCUUGUCUAUUCCUCACAGUACCAAACGAUUCCCUGGUUAUGAUUCAGAAAGCAAGGAAUUCAAUGCAGAAGUACAUCGGAAGCACAUCAUGGGUCAAAAUGUUGCAGAUUAUAUGCGUUACCUAAUGGAAGAAGAUGAAGAUGCUUACAAAAAACAGUUCUCUCAAUACAUAAAGAACAACGUUACUCCAGACAUGAUGGAGGAGAUGUAUAAGAAAGCUCAUGCUGCUAUUCGAGAGAAUCCAGUCUAUGAGAAGAAGCCUAAGAAAGAAGUCAAAAAGAAGAGGUGGAACCGUCCCAAAAUGUCUCUUGCCCAGAAGAAAGAUCGGGUAGCUCAGAAGAAGGCAAGCUUCCUUAGAGCUCAGGAGCGGGCUGCUGAGAGCUAAUAAACCAAACCACAAUUUUCUGUGAAGAUUUUUCAGAUAAAGACAAUAAUAAACUUAUUCACCAAGCAGCA